GCUCAUCACGUAAUGAAUUGACCGCCUGUCCACUAAUCUUCAAAAUGUUUUACACUAAAGAAUUCCUUUAAAAUGAACUAUGUGUGGAGUUUACUACAAUAAAAUUUAUGUUUUAUAAGAGAAGACGCGGACAAUUUUACAACAGAAACAAGGGGGAAAAUGCAACGUCUUUGCUCCGCCCACUUCGGAACAUCCACUUCCGCCGAAGGUUAACGCGCUUCCUGUGGAAGUUUGUGAGUGUCCUCGAGAUUAUUAUUGAUCACUGAUCAGCUGAGGAUCGAUCAUGUCGAGUCGCGCUCUGCGGAGGCUGAAAGGUGAGCAACGCGCACAGGCCGCAUUACACCAUGAUGACGAAGAUCAAUGGGAGGAAGAGGAGGAUGAUGAAGAGCAGAAGAAGAACAUCUAUGAGCUGAUUGGUGGAUUUGAUGUCGCUGAAGGUCCGUCAGAUGAGGAGACGACAGAGAGACCCGACGAAGGAGCACCACUGGAGAAACACAACGUGAAGAGCGAAAAGUCGAGCAAGAGAAAGAAGAAGAAGAAGAAGAAGAAAAAGGCGCCAGUGGAGAAUGGAAAGGAGGCGGUGGCUGCAGCAGAUGAUAUUGAUGCUUUAUUAGAGACGCUGGACAAAACAAAAGGCCUGUCGCAUGCGAGUGCAGAUGGCUGCGCAGCCGAACACAGACCUGUGCUGUAUGUGGAACACAGGAAUCUGAAUCCUGAGACAGAGCUCAAGAGGUAUUUUGGAGCGCGAGCUGUGCUGGGAGAUCAGAGGCCGAAACAGAGACAGCGGCAGUUUCAUCGCUGCACAUGGAUGACCGUUCCUAAAGACACAUGGCCUCGAUUCAGUCGACCAGGUGUCUCCAUGAGCCUCGUGGAGUCUAAUGACUGUCUUCAGCACUUCACCUUUGAACACAGUCGAGACUAUCAGCAGGUCCAGUUCAAGUUCUUUGAUGCAGUCGAGUCUAUGGACCCCAAUAACAUUGUGGUCCUCUUGCAGCUCAACCCGUAUCACAUUGAUUCUCUGCUGCAGCUCUCAGAUGUGUGUCGCAUGCAGGAAGAUCAAGAGACUGCUAGAGACCUCAUCGAAAGAGCGUUAUAUUGUUUUGAGUGUGCGUUUCACCCUGUGUUCAGCCUGACGUCAGGAACCAGUCGACUGGACUACAGGAGACCAGAGAACAGGGCGUUUUAUUUGGCUCUGUUCAAGCACGUGAUGUUUCUGGAGAAGAGAGGAUGUCCCCGCACGGCGCUGGAGUACUGCAAACUCAUCCUGAGUCUAGAUCCAGAUGAUGAUCCUCUGUGCAUGCUGCUGUUUUUUGACUUCCUGUGUUUGCGCUGUCGCGAGUACAACACCCUCAUCAGACUCUAUGAGGAAUGGGAGGUUCAUCGUAAUCUGUCCCAGCUGCCCAACUUUGCCUUCUCCGUUGCUCUGUCCUACUAUCAGCUGAGCCAGCAGGAGGAUGUCCCGCCUGAGGAGCAGCAGCAGCUCAAGCACAAAUCUGAUGUUCUCCUGCAGGACGCUCUCAUCAUGUUUCCUGGAGCACUGAUGCCGCUGUUGGACUUGUGUACAGUGCAGCCUGAUGCAGCAGUGUCAUCUCAUGCCUUCUUUGGGCCCAAAAGCCAAAUUGGGCAGCCUCCUGCUCUGUCACAGUUGUUGUGUCUGUAUGUGGGCCGCUGUCACACACUGUGGAAAGAGCCUGGACUCAUGCUGUGGCUGGAGGAGAAUGUCAGGACAGUGCUGACGAGAGUUGACACGCACGACCCCUAUGUGGAGGAUUGUCAAAACAAGAGGAAGCAGAGAUAUCAGAGCGCUCCCAGAAACAUUCACAGACAUGUGCUGAUGGCGGAGAUUAAAGAGGCCACAGCGACACUUCCUCUGGAAGUGACCACACAACCAGGUAUGGCUUUUGACCCCCUGCCUCCUCUGGAUUCUAUUGUGUCGUACAGCAGACCAGAAAGAAUGCCGGAGCGGAAAGUGAAAGCACACUGUCUUUGUUUUUUCGUUCACUGCUGCCAAACUUCAACCUGCAGAGGCCUGAAGAUGGACAGGAAGUGGCCCGUGCUGGUCGAGAGUUGAACCAGGAAGUGAAUCGACUGAUGGUGGCCAUGCGAGACAUGCUGGCGAAUAUCCAGUUUCAAGAACCGCAGUGGGAGGACAAUCCCGACAGAGAUGAGGAAGAGUGGGACUGACAAACAUGAGGAUGAAUGAAUCAUCUGUUAAUGGUCUUCUUAAGAUUAAAAGUGUCUUUAAAUCCUCCAUAUUCAAAACACUCUUGAGCAGAAAGUCAUUGUGUUCCGCAUUUAAACAAGUAUUCAUCAAGCCAAAAGAGUUAAUGUGGCUCCUAAAAUUAUUUGGACACUUGUGUCACACUUAGAAAUAUCUUAAUGUCUUUGCAUGAUAUAUGAAAGCGAGUGUGAUGCGUGUCUUAAAUACUGAACUACACUGAUCUUUUCUCAGAACUAUCUUGACUUUCUAUGUCAUUUUUGCUCAGUGACUUUGAAUGAACUGGUAUGGUGAUUUUUGGUGGAUGUCUGAAAUCAGUUCUUCUCAAGUUCACACAGGUGUUCUUACAGAGGAAAAACGAGUGGAGUUAAACACACUGACUAAUGCAAAGCGGCUUCAUUUUCUAUUGUUUAAGCAUUUCAAACUCUGCAAAUGUCUUCUCUUUCCUUGAAAAGUGCAAUAUUUCUUGGAAAUAAAUAUAAUCUGAUUUGGUAUGUUCUUAUAUAAUGCUGACAGAUUCACACAUGAAGUGUGGCUCAAGUGUCCUUACAGUCUUUGGGGUCGUUGUGUGCAGUUUGUUUCCGUGUCUCAUGAAGAUUUAUUCAUUAGAUUCUUGUCUGUUUGUGUUUCAGGCUUGAAAGCGUUAUUUCGGGAGUUUCGUCCAUAAAGUUGAGAUAUAUUGUUUAGUACACCACAACAGUCAGUGAACAUGAGAACUGUGAACAUAAGUAAAAUGUUCCAGAAUGAAAACUUAAGUAGAGUUACAUUAAUUAACAUUAAUUAGUUAACAAAUAUGAUUAUCAUGGCAGUAACUUGGCACUGCUAGCUUUGGGUUGAGGGUUUUGAGUGUUAGUAUAUCCUGCCAGACUGGAUGUGCUACACAUGUUGUAUGUUAAAGGUGCACUCAGCGAUUCCUGAGAAACACUGUUGAUAUUCGAACUUAACUGCCAAAGCAAACACACCUUUCCCUUGUGUGCUCUUUUGGAAGCACAAAAAGUGUAUUGGAUUAGAAUUACUUAGUGCAUCUUUAAAGGUUGUUUCUGAUAAGACUCCUGAUGCACAACAACCAAAGAUGAUAACUGAUCCUCAAAGAAAAAUGUCCCAUCAUGUAUAUAUCAUUAAAUGACUACACUUCUUUA